GAAUGCUUGCCACCUUAGAAAACUCGAUCCGUGUGCGGCCGAUAAGCAGCGAACUAUCAAUAUUGGGAAAUUGUGAUGGCUCAGCCCGGGUGAAACAGGGUAACUCAAGUGUGUUGGUGGGGAUCUGGGGACCAAUAGAGGUGAAGCAGAGUAAAGAAGACCCGGAGAAGUGUGUGAUUGAGACGACGGUAAAGGCAGCUACAGGACAGGGGUCGCCUCUUGAUAAGAUGUAUGAGGAAGCCUUGAACCAGACUUGCGAACAGAUUGUCAUUACGUCUGCUCAUCCUAGAACUUGUAUUCAGGUGAUUGUGCAGAUAGAAAGUGAGGAUGGUGCGAUUGUUGCUGUGAUGAAGAACGCGCUGUGUCUCGCCUUGAUGGACGCUGGUAUUCCCAUGAGGAGUAUGUUUGCUGGAGUUAGCUGUGUGCAGCAGGAAAACGGUGAGCUGCUGUGGGACCCGACUGCUGACGAAGAGGAGGAGUCUACUGCCAAGUACACUUUCGUUUACGAGAACAGCAAGAAUAAUGCCAUAUACGUGCACUGUACAGGAGAGAGCACCAUCGAGCAGUAUAUGUUAGCUUUGCAAAAGAGCAGGCAGGUGGCCAUGGAGGUGUUCGGGUUUUAUAGGGAGUCGUUUGAGAAGUUGUUGAGGAAGGAUGUUAAGUUUCAGAUGCUGUUACCGCCUAUUAUCAAGGGUGAGAUUAUAGACGAGCCGGAAUGAAAAUGUUUGUGCGAUUUUUUAAUAAUCAGAUGAUUUCUUGUUUGGGAGCAAAAGAGGUGAAUCGGGUCUUCAGUGCUUUUCAAAGUUUGAAGGACUAUUUUAAUUUCUUUUAUAAAUCUGACUAAAUUAUUUAUUUAUUGUUAUUAUGUACCGAUGGUAUUUUGAGAAUUUUACAGCAGGUUGCAA